UCCUUUUAAUGGUCCCUCGGUGCUGUAGCAGCGCAGUCCUCCGAACAGGGCAAGGGUGUCUGAAAGUUAUAGUUUCUCAACGGGAACAUCAUACAGACGACUGAUAUCACCAGAAGGCAGUCGCACUCACUGUGACAAUGGCUGAUUCUAGUGUUGGCACAAUUGAAACUGAUGAUGGUCUGCAGGACUGGUCAGCAAUGAGUACGAGGCUGAACUCUUUCCAGGCCUUUCCCCUAGUUCAAAAGGUUUCUGCAGAGAGACUGGCCCGGGCAGGUUUCUACUUCACAGGAGAGUCUGACCGGGUACGCUGCUUCAGCUGCCAGAAAAUAGUGGAGAACUGGCACCAAGGGGACACCCCAGUAGAAAGACACCGCGAGGUCUCGCCUGCCUGCAAGUUCCUCAUCUGUGCUCACAGGAGGAACCCCUUAGAUGGUCACUCUUCUCAGACCACUGACUAUAACGAAGAGGAGGAAGCCAUGGAGUUCAGUCUCCGCACAGGAGAGAUUGUGGAUGAGACUGUAUACCCCAUGGUUCCGCAUAUGAAGAGCGAAGAAGCUCGGCUGAGGACAUUUGACAACUGGCCCUCGUGGGCCCCGGCCCGGCCCACUGACCUUGUGCAGGCUGGGCUGUUUUAUGUGCCAGAGACUGACGGGGAAACAGACCGGGUGCAGUGCUUUUGCUGUGGUGGCAUGCUGACAGGCUGGGAAGAAGGUGAUGUUCCCUGGGCUGAGCAUGCUAAAUACUACCAAAACUGCUUCUUCAUCCUGGGCCAUGAUGUUGGGAACAUACCCUCGGAGCUGGUCAGGCAGAGGAGCUUUGGCAACAGACGUUCCAUGGAAGUCUUUGAGGAACGCCUUGACAGCUUUAGAGACAGACAGCAUCCCAUCAGUCAUGAAAGGCUGGCCAGAGCUGGCUUUUAUAGUACAGGUGAGCAAGAUCGUGUGAUUUGUUUUAAAUGCGGAGGAGGUCUGAAGGACUGGCAGCCAAAUGAGGAUCCUUGGGAGGAGCAUGCCAAGCACUAUCCUGGAUGCAGUUUCCUGCUUGAAGAGAAAGGGCAAGAAUUUGUCAACAGUGUGCAGCUGGGAAGUCCUAGAAGCCGCUAUCCAAAUUCAAGUAGUGAGAAUGGAUUUUCAAGUCAUGAGAAAGCAUCAAACGUAAUGCAGUCGGAGAUUGCGCAGAAAGCAGUUGCAAUGGGUUUCGACCCAGUUAAGGUGGAACGGAUAAUUUUAGAAAAGAUACGUCUGAGCAGUGAGGGCUAUUCCAAAGUGGAAGAUCUCAUUCAAGAUAUCAACAACAGUGUGUUUGAUAGUGAUUCCGAUUCCGAGGACCCCUUGAAGAAACUGGAGAAGCUCCAACGUGAAAAGCUCUGCAAAGUGUGCAUGGAUGAUGACAUUUCUAUCGUCUUCAUCCCAUGUGGGCAUUUGGUCACCUGCAAGAAAUGCUCUGAUUCUGUUGACAAGUGCCCCAUCUGCUGUGCUGUCAUCACACAGAAAAUCAAAACAUAUAGCUCUUAACUUCCAAUGGACUCAAACUCUAAUAGAAAAGCUGCUUUCACAAUCAGUUUUCAGCAUUCCUUAAAAUUGCACAUAUGGAUAUAUUUGUUUAAUGACUUGUACAUAAACAGGGAUAGCAUUGGAUUUAUACUUUCUACUAUAUCAUGGUGAAUAAUUUUUGUACGUUUGCCAUAGAUCAGGGCAAAGAUACACUACAGACAAACUGAACUAUGCUAAAAGGGAACAGUGCGAAUGCUUUUUACAAUCGCUCUUACUUCUCCAGGGUAAAUUCGCUUUGUGUUCAGCGCAUAUACAUUUAUGACUGUUUUCUGCAGUUCAGAGGAUCCUGUAUUAUGCAGUCAGUGGGUACUUCACACUGUCUUUUCCAGUGUUCUAGGCAGUGGUUAGAGUCUGUCUGCCUGCAUGACCAAGUGGCAGGCCUGCCAGUGAGAGAGGACCCCUGCCAUACCCACACUGUGAGGACAAGGCGUACUGCUCUUAGUAAUUCUCACAAUCAAACUACAGCCCAACUCUUCCUCUGUAGGAUCAUGGAAAUGGAAUAUAAUCAGGCAAUCAUAGCUUGUUGAGCUAUUCUGGAGCUGCCGUAAGGGGGAUUUUUGUUAGAGAAUCCUGGUUGUUGAAACAUAUUAUCUGAAAACAUAAUCCUGAAAGUGCAUUGUUAGGGCACAAUGAAGUUUAAUUUCAGAUGGGUGAACUGCAGAAAUUCAGAGUGCCUUUCUCUUGAUGUAAUGAAUUAUUGUUUUUCAAUUUUGUCCUAUUCAAUUACUAUUGAUGUAGUUUGUUGUUUAAUGUCCUGUACUUGUAAUUCUUAUUGCUUCGAUAUCACAUUUAAUAAUGUGUGUAAUGUUUGGAAAAAAAUUUCAUUUUUUUUAACCAUAGUUUCUUAAUUAUGUUUGCUAAUAGAUUUUAGUGCAGUAGAGUGUUUUUACAACAUGUAUUUGUAUAACACCGGACAAUAAAAUGAGAAUUUAUAUUUCA